UAUUUUGGGUUAUUACAGAUUGAACCUUAUUUUGAAGUGCUUCGGUUUAUUUUUGUACAAAACAUUUUUUAUGUCUCAAAUGUUUUGAGCGAGCGUUAUUAGCAUCUACCGAACGUUGAGUUUACUUAAUGAGAAAAGCAUCAAAAGCAUAUUAUUAGUAAAAUUCACGUAAAACUAAACAUUGUUUAUAUGUUUUAGUUUUGUAGGGAUUCUUUUACAGUUUUCACGCAAUUAUAUUAGUGUAUAUGUUAAGGAAACGAGUGAGAAACGUUAUUGUUUGUUGAAAAAUCGAUGCAAUUAAUUUCGGAAAUACUGUGUAAAAUUUUGAUUCCUAGAUACAAUAAAUGAUAAAAAACACAUAUAAAACGAUUUCUAACUACGCUUGUGUUAUCUGAAUAUAAAACAAUGCGGUAUUAUGUCAGAAAAACGAACCGGGGGAAAACUCCUCAGGAACUGAUGCAAUCGGCCGCUUAUGCUGUCAUGCAUCAAGGGCAAAGUCUACGGGCAAUAGCGAAGGCCCUCAACAUCUGCCACGCGACACUCUUCCGAUUCAUUAAGAAGCUGAAAUCGGGUGACAACCCCACCGUCGGUUACAAACCCAAGCUGCUCUUCACGGCUUCUCAAGAACAAGAAAUUGUCAAACAAUUAGCCCAAUACGCUAAAGUUUUCUGUGGAUUAUCUAUAGAUGAAGUGAGAAAACUUUCUUUUCACAUUGCAAGAAGAUGGAAAUAUGUGAUACCGGAGGGUUGGAUCAAAAAUGGUACCGCUAGCAAAGAUUGGGGAGACAAGUUUGUAAGAAGGCACAAUUUUCCAGUGAAACCGUUGAAAGGAAAGUCAAUGAAAAAUUUCUUCACUAUAUUGGACAAAUUAAUGGAUAAACACAAGUUUUUACCGUCAAGAAUUUACUAUUUAGAAGAAAUUACUGUUCCGAUCGCCAAAUAUAUUGCCGACACAAGUUUGGCUGAUCUAAAACCGGUAUCUAUGGAAUUAGCUGUAAAUGCUUCUGGAGAAAUUGUGACACCAAUGCUUAUGAUGAAUAACGAAGAAUACAAGCUGAAAGACAAAUCUAAGAUUUGUAUUGAAAGUAAAACAGAAAUAACAAAUGCUACAGACUCGAGAUACUUAAACCAUUUCAUAGAUCGUACUAAACCAAGUGUAGCUGAUCCCAUUCUGUUACUAAUAGACAACUGCCAAUAUGUCGAUAUGAAUGUUUUGAAAAAAGCAAAACAAAAUUCAAUUACACUUCUUUGUAUUCCUAAGAGUGAAGGCUGUAUGAAACCUUUAGUAAAAUUAGCGAAGUUUGUUAAAAAACCUAGCAAAAGUCAAAACCUGUUUUUUGAGCCAGGCUGUGACAUAUCACACAUUGUAUGUGCAAUGUUGCCGUCGAAAAAGGAGAUAGUGAAGUGUUUCAGAGAGAAUGGAGUGUCACCGUUCAAUCCGAGUGUUGUUACGGGUGAAGAAUUUGUACCUGAACCUGUUGAGGAGUAUAACUUUAAAGUGAGCGAGCCGGUCGCGCAGCCUUUGCCUGGCCCGAGCAGAAUUCAGACUACACAAACCUCAGAUGCCAACGUGUCAUCGAAGAAUCAAGACCCUCUAAGUAGAGGCACCAUCGACCAGUGUCGCUUCUGCGGCGAAUUCACCAAAUGCGUCCCCGUUUCCAACAAGCCAUAUAUCUCCAACAACACCACACUGGCCUUCAACGACGUCGCCGUACAACUAGACUUCAACGACGGAACGUUACCCAAGACCGUCUGCCAAGCCUGCGACGUGAAACUAACAGAGAUGUACGAUUUUGUGAAAGUCGUCAAAGCGGCUCAGGAAUCCCUGAUCAAUGUUGCAGAACCAAGACAAGUCGAUGUUGAAAUAGACCCUAGAGAAGAUUACGAAACAUUAGUUGUUAAAACUGAAUAUGAUGAUGAUGAAAAAGAUGAUGAUGGUAAUGAUGAGAGUAAAGAUGGAAUAGUAGAUUCGUUGACGAUUGGUGAAACUAUAUUUAUCAAAGAAAAAGUAGCUGAAAAAAGGAAGAAUAAGACAUCAGGUCCUAAAAAGCAGAAGAAAGCUAAAGUGACUGAAGUUAAAAGUGAAAAUGAAGAUGAGUUGAUAAUGGAUAUAAAAGAAGAAGUUAUUGAGAGAGAUACAAAUGAUCUUGAAAGUAAUACAGGUUGUUUGGUUAGUGAUACAGGAACGGAUGCUAAACCUAGUGAAGUGGAACUUGCAACGAGUGCUUUAGUUUUUGAAAUGAGAAGUGAUGGUAGUGGGUACGGAUAUAGUUAGGGAAAAAGAUGAAGUGUUUUUAAACAAUACAGUGUUUUUAAACUUGGUUUUAGUUAGAUAUAAGACAAGGAAGUGCAUUUUUCGUUAUGCUGUUUAAUUGAUUUUGCUCAAAAGGCAAAAGUUUGCGCUGAAAAUUUUGUAAUUUGUAAUUAGUGUAGAGUUAGACCAAGAAAAAUCUGCAACGAUUUUGAUGGCACACGUAAACGUAAUGCAAGUGUUAUUUUAAAAAGCGUCAAACUUCUAUGCUAAUAAAUUACACGUGCGUGCUAUCAAAAUCGUUGCAGAUCUUUCUUGGUCUAACUCUAAUUACGCUGGAUUAUUUUCUUUUAGUUUACUCAAAUUCUAAAUCUCGAUGGCUAUCAAAGGAAGAAGCUAGAUUUUUUUAUGUUCAGUAUUUAUUUAUAGUUGUUUUAUGUAAGUUCAAUGUGGGUAAGACCGUCUACCUCUACAAUUACAAGCUCUUUCAUCGCUUUAAUUCUUGCGUUACACAUUCUCCACUUACAGAAGUUCGGUCACAGAAUAAAUAAUAGUACUAAGUAAAGAAGACUCACUCUCUAAAGCUGGAAACAAAUUAUCGGACGCGGCUGACGGACGCGGCUCACAGCCGCGACUUAUAGGUAUCUAGAUAAUGAAUAUACACUGAACUGUGCAAACUAUCGGAGGUAAGCCGUGGACGUGACCUUGAGCCUUCGGACAUCGACAGAAAUCUGGCGCGCUGGAUGUUCCUGUCAGCCGAAAGCCACGUCCCGAAAACUGUGCACACUUUUAUGUCGCGCCCGUCAGCCGCGUCCGAUAAUUUGUUUCCAGCUUAACAAAACGCGUUUAUUACGAUCAGCACAGAUAUGGUCGGUAGGUGGCGACAGCGCCACGUGCGGCUUAUGGCAAACCCCAAAAUUGGGGCCGGACGGAUGUACUUAUAGCUACCUGCAAAGCGACGAAAUAGCGGAGUGAGACACACCAGUAGUUCGGUAGAGUGUCUGAGCGACGUACGUACGUAGUACGUAUAUAAAUACAAGAGUUCUUGCCCUAUGACGGUCUUCCCCCAGUAAAUUUUGCAUGUCGGUCUUCUCCGCAUUGACUUUAGUGAGAUUGCUUCAAUUUGUUUUCUCAUCUUAAACACUUCUCACAAUUUUUAGGUACUGAAUUGCGGUGUGUGAAGUAUUUUAUCUUUUUUCUUUGAAUGAAAGUUUUGUUCCAACGUUGUAGAAUUUUGUAUGAAUAUAAUUCAAAUAUGUAUCAUUGAGAUUAUUUUUGUGUCGUGUUUGUCAAGAACGUUAGUGUUCAAGUCGCCCUUAUUUUUAUUUUAAACCUAAUAAAGAAAAUCAUAUUUAGUCA